AGCACUUAUCACUCCAAUUUCCACAUAUCUUCAACAUUCAAGAAAUUUUGAAACAAAAAACACAUACCCCAAAACAUUUUUUUUUUUUUUUUUUAAAAAAAGAAAGAAAAAUGUUCAACAUUCGUUUAAACCCCAAGUUAACAAUCUCAUCAUCUCCUAUAUUCAAACCCAAAAGUAGUUCUUUCCCAUCAAAAGUGAAGAUGAGCAGUACCAGUACAUCCAGCGAAAACAACCCAACAGACCAAUCAUCGUCAUCAUCAUCAUCAUCAUCAUCAUCAUCAUCAGCUGCUGGGAAAGUCAAACGUCUCGUUCUUUCCCAAGAAGAGAGAACAAAGCUGAACCCGUAUUCGGACAGGGACUUCUACGCUUACCCGCGGUUCGUCACCCACGUGGACGACGGCUUCAUUUCGACGUUGACCGAGCUCUACAGAGAGAGACUGAGGCCUGAGUUUGAAGUUCUUGAUUUGACGAGCUCUUGGGUUAGCCAUUUGCCCGGUGAGGUUAAGUACAAGAGAGUGGUGGGACAUGGGCUUAAUGCGGAGGAGCUUUUGAAGAACCCUCGUUUGGAUUACUUCUUUGUGAAGGAUCUGAAUGUGGAUCAGAAACUUGAGCUUGAGAGUACAAGUUUUGAUGCGGUGUUGUGUACCGUUAGUGUGCAGUACCUGCAACAGCCCGAAAAGGUGUUUGCAGAGGUGUUUAGGGUGCUAAAGCCAGGAGGGGUUUUCAUAGUGAGCUUCAGCAAUCGAAUGUUCUACGAAAAAGCCAUAACCGCGUGGAGGGACGGGACCGAGUACAGCCGGGUACAAUUGGUCAAUCAAUACUUCCAAUCUGUUGAAGGAUUUACACAACCUGAGGUCAUUAAGAAAUCACCAGCUGCUAAUACUGCUCAAGGAGAUCAAUUGCCCUUCAGUUGGUCCCUGGGAUUGCUGGGAAUUAUCCCUGCUUCAGACCCUUUUUAUGCAGUUCUAGCUUACAGGAACUUCAAGCCUGUUUAUGAAUGAAUUCCAGAGAUUCAAACAUGGAAGUGAAGCCAUGGUGUUUGAUUCAACAUAUUCCAUUUACAACACUGUUCUUGAUCAUGAAUCUCUGUAUUCUAUUUUGUUCUUUCUUCUACACUUGAAAAUAUACAAUGAAUAUAAGCUAGAAAAAUGUACUAUUGAAGUA